AUGACUGAAAAGUGCAAUCCCAAUGCAACUGGGUUUUUUCAUACCUGUGGUUAGUUUAGUCAGUGCCAACCAAUUACCAAUACCUGUGUUCAUGAUCCGCCUUAUACACCUAAAGCAGGGAUUAUCAUAUCCUACAUCAUUACCCCUAUUUUGAUUGGGAUAGGAAUACUCGGAGGUUUGGGAGGUGGAGUUUUAAAAGGGCCUCUCCUUGAAAUGAUACUAAAUUAUACAUAAAGUGAAGCUACUCACAUUGCUUAUUGUCUUAUGUUUGGAGGAACAUUACUAAAUACGAUAUUGUUGAUGUUCGAAAAAAAUCCUGAAGAUCAAAGAAGACCAAUUAUUAAUUACAGAAUUUCAAUAAUUUUUAAUCUUGCUGUUCCUUUUGCCACAAAUCUGGGAUCAUCGUUGGCUUCCUUUCUCCCUCAAUUAUAUACAUUAAUACUUCAAGAACUAUUUCUAUUUGCAGUAGCACCUAUAUUGUGGAAAAAAGCUCAGAAAGCUAAAAGCGAAGAGCUUUCAACACCUGAUAAGCAGAAAAACGAAAGCUAGGCAUUAAAUCUUGAUGGAUCAAAUACUUAGUAAAAGAUUGAACUUCAAAAAAUAGAGGAAUAAUAAUAUUCAGUGUCAUUAACUUCAUUUAGUGUAGAAAAUAGUAAGUAGAAUUCUAAUACUCUCUAUUAUCAAUUCAAAUAAGAAACAGAGAACAUUCUACCAUUCAUGCCUGCAUUAUUUAUCUUGGGUUCUUUUGGACUUAAUUAGAUAUUCAUCCAAAUGAGAUCAACAAAUCCCAGUAAGCCAUCUUAUGUUGGAAUAUAUGAUUGUACAUGGUAGAAUGACUUCAUGAUUCUAAUUUUGAUUAUUGCAAAUGUGUUAUUUGACUAUGUAGCUUGGAAUUUUGGAUCUCGUCAAGAGAAAUACUUUGAUUAAUUAAACUAUCUACCUAAUGAGAGGUACUUUACUCCCAUCAGUCGGUUCUUUAAAAUAUACGCAGGAGGAUUUGGAGCUGGCUUUGUAUCAGGAUUUCUUGGAAUGGGGGCAGGUUUUGUAAUGGUUCCAACUUUACUUUACAGCGGUUUGAUUCCAAGAUGUGCUUCAGCUACUUCAGCGUUUAUUUAUUUCAUGAUAUCUUUGAAUAACUUGAUAACUCUUCUUACUAACCAUUAUUUAGAUUAGUAAAUGAUUCUGUUAUUUACAGGACUAGCAGUUAUAGGUGGAUCUGUGAUUACUAAAAUUGGAUACAUCUUAUUAAGCAAGUAUAAAAUUGGUUACACCGUUAUCUUGAUUGUCUUCGCAUUAGAUAUAGCAAACAUUCUUUCAUAAAUUUAUUAUGGGGUUGUUUUUGGUAUCAGAUAUGGUUUAGAUUACUUAACAAAAGCAAAUAUCAUAUGCAAAUAAUAAUGA